GGGUUCGUCUCUCCGACGAAGCGAAUCGCGGAGCAGGAAGUUCAGUCACCUACGAACGAUCCAUCGUGUGAGAAGUAAUCCUCAGCGCUAAUCCAGAGUCAAAAUCAUUUCGAAAAAACUGACAUUCGACGCGUGUUUUCUGAUUAUCCGACGGUCAAGGCUAUCAGAAAAGAAUAUGUUACGGAUAUUCGUAAUUAUUAUCAUCGCAAAUACAGUGAUGGCGCAGGUGCCAUUUUUGGGUACAUGUCCAAAUUUGGAAGCAAUGCAAAAUUUCGAACUUGAAAGAUAUUUGGGCAAAUGGUACGAAGUCGAGAGAUAUUUUGCGUGGUUUGAAUUUGGUGGAAAAUGUGUGACAGCUAAUUACACUCUGAAUGAAAAUGCUUCGGUAAAAAUCCUGAACAAACAAAUUUCUUCAUUAACUGGAGUCGCAACGAGUAUCGAGGGCAUUGCAAGGUUAAUUGGUAGAUCCGAUGAUCCUAAAUUGACCGUCACUUUUCCAUCCUUGCCACUGCCAUUCGAUGCACCUUAUUGGGUUUUAGACACGGACUACAAAUCAUAUGCCGUAGUAUGGAGCUGUACAAAUCUUGGAGUCCUUAAUGUACGAAAUGUUUGGAUUUUAACACGAGAACCAAAACCGUCAGUCGCAGUUGUAGAAAAGGCUUAUCAAGUUAUCGACAAGAAUAACAUUAGCAGAGCGUACUUUAUUCGUACAGAUCAGAAAAAUUGUCCGGUUACGAAUUAAGAACGACUUCUACAUGGAUGAAUGUACAGAAAUAUGCUCGAAGAAAAAUGUAUUUUUUUUUGCGAUGCAGUUUUAUAUAAGACUUCUUGAAUUUAUUGCCAGCAGAUGCUGAUUUUGCUGACUAUUGUGCAAGUAUUAUGAUUACGUAUUGCGGAUGUACUUAAAUUAAUAGA